UUACGUGCCUGCGUACACGCUGACCCCGCCCCCUUCCCCUCAGUCCUUCAGCCGCGCAGCUCCGCACCAGAAUGGCGGCUCUUUUGGAAUCUCUUCUGUUGAAGAAAGUGGACAUUAAAACGGUCUUGGACUGGCUAAAAAAUGAUGCGGAGGGUAACAGGUUGGCAUUCAAAGAACCUGGGGUGACGGUCAACAAACAAGAAUUUGUCCCAUUUCUUUUAAACUUCCUGAGAGGGCAGAGCAGUCAAGCACUAACCCAUGGCCCUGCCACGCCGGCCAAGACGCCCAGCCGCCACAGACCUGCUGCACAGACGCAGGGCUUCAGUGACAAGAGGGGUUGCAGGUCUGCUGGUGGUGGAGCUGGUUCUCGGAGUGCCAGCCGUGUCCAGCUGUUUUCUCCUGCCCCCUCCGUGUCACCUGGAAGUGAGUGGGACCCUGCUGGCCAGUCGGGGUCCUUCGACAGCCCUUCCUUUACUACAGGAUGGAGCCCCGCCUCCAGGCCUUCAGGCUCUGAGCGCCGGACUAGCCAGAGGAUCAGUCUAGGAGAUUACAUGGUUGCUUCUCCUGACAGUCCAAACAGCCAGUCACAGAAAGGCCGCAGGAGAAGUGGUGGCAACAUGGCAGUGGGGGGACAAGGGAAACAUGGAGGAUGGCGUGGAGGACAUCACAGUGAUGAGAGGAGGUCAGGCAGAGGAGGAGGAGGAGGGAACAGUAGGAUAAGCGAGCAGGUUUCACCUCCAUCUGUGGGGAAGCUCAACUUCAACAACUUGGACGACUUCCCUCCUGUUGGGUCAUCACCCAUUUCAUCUGCGUCAACCAAACCCUCUAGAAGGAUAAACCCAACACCAGUCAGUGCAGAGCGGCCACACUCCAAACCAAAGACGUGCUUCACCUCCACCCCGUUCAGUGAAUCUUCUCGUCCCUCAUUAGCUGCAGAGGCUCUUCAGGGGUCAACGACAGCGGGCAGUCAUCUGAGCCUGCAGGAAGAGAGGGAGCUUCUAAAGAUGGAAAAGUCAAAGCGAGCUCAGCAGGUCGGCUCUCCUCUACCGUCCACUCUGGACCCUUGCACCCCCACCAAGUCAGGGCUUAGGACGGGACCUAAAGUUACACCAGAUCUGCAGACGCCCUGUCCCGAACCUUUCAAAGUCACCUUCUCUUCGGAACUGGAUCUCCUGGCAGAGCUGUACUGUACCUGCAUCUCUGAAAAUCUGGUGCCAAACAUUUUCCUGGAGCUUUUCUUCGUGGUGCAGUUGCUAACGUCUCGGUCUCCUCACACUCAUGAUGAUAAUGAACAGGAGAGUUUCUGUGCAGUGAACUCAGAAGUUCUGGAGAGAAGAUACCUGAGACAAGUCCACAACUGUGUGUAUUUUGCGGUGAAGGUUCUGGAGAAUCAGUUUCAGUUGGUCGCUCAUUUGGACAAGUGUACCUUGCGCCUGCUGGCAGAAAACGAAAGGGUGGCGUCUUUCUCUCCAGAUCUCAGGGACCAUCUGACUCAGGCCCAGGAGGGAAGCACAGCCAAGCUCUCUCCUUCAGUUUCCACUUUCAUCCACUCAGUCCCAUUCCAGCCUGCUACUGACAACCGGUCCAACUUCGGCAGUGACAAGGCCUUCCACACCUUUAAGAAGCAAAGAGAUAUUUUUUACGAGGUGUUACGAGAAUGGGAGGACUUUCACAACGAUCCUGGGUGGAACUUUGACGCUGCUCUCGGCAGCAGGAUAAGGGGAAUGAUGUGUCAACUGACCUCUGCAGGAAACCAUUCCCAUUUUGCUCGUCUGUUCCUGAAGCAGCUUUAAUCUGCCUAUAUUUCUUUCCAGAUGUGUAAAGGCCCCCGUGUGAACAGCUCUCCUGGGGAUACUCCAGAUGCUGACCUGCUAGGCAUGCUGGGAGCUGACAGCCUGGGGCGUCUGAAGCGUCUUGAGGAGCGUCUCAUUCAGCCUCAUGGAGUCGUUGGGCCCUGUCCUCCUCCCUCCUUCCCGGGUCACCAGGAGUUCUUCAGGGAUUUCCUUCAGGCAGCCAGCUGCUGCCAGCUGAACCAGCACCUGCAGGACAGCCUGUGUCAGCAGCUCCUCCAGCUGGACGAGGUGUCCAUCCUGAGCCCUCCUGCUUCCAUCGGGGAGGUAGAGGAGGAGGGAGAUGGGGACUUGGAGCAGCAGAAUGAGAAGCAGCGGUUCACCUCAGUGCUGCUCCUCGCUCGUCUUCUGGCUAAAUUUCUGGGAUUAAUUUCCUUUCUGCCAUACCAAACAUCUGAGAGACCAUCCCGGGAGAUCCUGGAGACGGCUGUCGCCCUGCGCAGCAAGAGUGUCCCAGUGCUGGAUGUGUGUGCUGUGCUGAGUAACAGCAUGAAAAGGAGGCGCACCAUCCUGACGGUGCCCUGGCUGGUGGAGUUCCUCUCCAUGCUGGACUUUGUCGGUCCGCGGCUGCUCUGCUACAGAACGGCAUUGGGCAAACUGCUUCUCCUCUACAGGAGAAUGCUGCUGGGCAGGUGUGAAGAAAUGUGUUACUUGAACAAGCUGCUAAUGGUGUCUGUGUUGGGUUGGCUUUUCCAGAUCCCAGUGAUUCCAGAGGAUAUCUUCUUCACCAAUGAGUUCACUGAGGUGGCCAAGCUGGAGGACGGCGUCACGAGUGCUGCAGGGCUCGACUGCAUUCCCCUGGUGGACCAGCAGCUGCUCUAUACAUGUUGUCCUUUCCUUGGUGAGUUCCGUAAGCUCCUAGCUGCCUUUGUGUCUGGAAGCGCAGCAAAGAGUGGAGGAAUUAUCCGCAAGAUCACUCCCACUUCUGCCGAUCUUAAGGACACGCCGACUGCCAACAGGUCGCAGCAGAAGCUGCAGGUGGACCUCGAGCAAGCCUUCUUUCACAACCAGCCUCCGUCGCUGCGCCGCACCGCGGAGUUCGUCGCUGAGAGAGUUGGAUCCAACGCCGUCAAGCACAUGAAGGCCACAUUAGUGAGUGAGUUGGUGGAGCGAGGUGAGAAGAUGCUGAGAGACGGACUGAAGUCGUCAAACUCAAAUCCUUCAAAACUAAACGACUCCAUCUGUGCUCAGCUGUGUGUCGCAGGAUUGGAGGCUCUUGCGAGAGCCACCAGAUUUUGCUGUGAGAAGAGUCCCGAAGCCAUACGUACUCUGCUCCCCGACGAGACCUCACCUGCUGUCCUGGCCACAUCGGAAAACAUCACCAAACGUCUUGCGACAGACAAAGCCUGCAGCUGGCUGUCUGCAAACAUCACAGCCCUGAUAAGACGAGAGUGGAAGAGCCGGUAUGACCGUGUGAUGAAGGCUGUGGGCAGCCCGGUGGCUCCAGGCUCCAGGGAUGCGGAGGGGGCCGUGCUGGAGCUGGUCACCCAGGAGCAGCCGACGACUCCCAAGAGGAAACAAGGAAGUGAGAGAGUGACAUCCUGCCCUCCACACUGCAACCACAGUGCUUCACGGCCCUCUGACAUCCUCAUUGAGAUAAAGGAGUGGCUGAGCGUUGCAGUCGGCCCCAGGACUGACGAGGAGCUGCCGACCGUCUCUCAGCUCAAGACGCUGCUUCACAGAGUGGGAGACACACUGGCCUGCAGGAAGUUCUCUACUGUGGUGUCGGAGCAGAUGCUUCUAAACUGUACAGUCCUACUGGCCUGCAAACUGGUGUCUGCAGAGCUGGCCGUAUUGUCUCUGUCAGGGUGCAGUGGAGGUGAUGGGAUUGUUGUGGGUCCCGGUUCAGGGUCAGAGCCUCCUGUCAGAGCGCUGCUGGAGCAGCUUGCUGAGCUGUGGGAAGGAGACUGCUGUUCCUCCGCCCCCCUCCACCUGCUGUUCACCCCACUCACUGUCACUGCUGUGCUGAAGGCCAGCGACACUGAGUGGAACAACUACCUGUUCCUGGUUAGAAAGCUGGUUGACAGAGGAAUCCUGUGUGAGGAAGAGGUCAUAUCUCAUUGGAAGAAGCUAACAAACUUGGCUUUGCCAGCGGAGCUGAUAGAGAAUUUCCAGCUGCAGUCCCAGAGUAUUAAACCCCCCUUGCCUCCGGCUCCGUUGCAGAGCCACAUUGAGAUGCUGCAGGUCUCACAACAGACAAUAGAGGGAGCUACAUGACAACAGUAACACAACUCGGUGUCUUCUCUGUGAUCACCACAGUGUUUUAUGUCACAUCAAUCAAGAGUAUUUUUCAGGAGAGACAGAUCUAGGUGACUCUUUGUUGUUGACCAUUUUUCGAAUUGCCUCUGCACAGCCCAUCAAAGCUGUUCCACAGUCAGCCUCUGCACAGGCUUUGCAAGCUUCAGACUUUUGUUCUCCACCUGUGAAGUGACAGCAGCCUUUCAUGAAUCCCUGUGCUCUUUUGCUAAGCUGCCAGUGAGAACCAGAAAGCCCUACCAGUCAGAAGUAGCGAGGUGCCCCCACCAUCUCGCACCUUUUUUUAGAUCUCCUGAACUUUCCUGCAAGCAAACCUGGUAUAUGAUUGGGUCCGAAGGGAAAUACUAGAACAGUAUAUGAAACCUUUCACACAGCCAAUACUAUAGCAGAGAAUUGGCAAAGACAGAAACUUCAAACGGCCAAGAACUCAAACUAAGUAACUAGUCAUCUUAAAGAUCCCGAAAGACCCAGAUUUAUACAGGUAACAUUCCACCAGACAAGCCAUAGUUUGUAAAGAAACACUUGUUAUUAAAAAUGGACUGAACAUUUUUUGUUGGUUUUUAAAAUAAAAUGUCUUAAUUAUUUUAGUAUAGCACUUUCACACACUGCCUUUGACCGCCACUACUAGUGACUGCAUGUUUAUUUCAUGAAUGCAAAACUGCGUUUGUGAUUGUUUUUAGUUCAUGUUGAACGAGCGAUGUAUGUAUUCUCUGCUGCUUUUUUAAAUUGAAAUGUUUUUUAUGUUGCCACAAAAGUAAUAAUAAUAAAGAUGUAUUCUUGUUUAAAUGUU